AAGUCCCCCUUUGCAAACAGUGGUUGCACCCAAUGCCAGCUGGGUGGGGGGUAGGAAAACACUGGUUGGAUCCUGGAUACGAAGUUCAUCCCUUUUCUUUGUCCUAGUAUGUAUAUCUAAAGAGCAAGAUGAGCAGCACAUCUGAAUCCUUCAUCCACUACUAUCCCAACCAGUACAAGGCACUUGUGAGAGGUCUGGACAGCCAACGCAGACAGGGUCUCAUGUGCGAUGUCGUCAUCAAAGUGCGAGGGACAGAGUUCAAAGCUCACAGUGCCGUCCUGGCUGCAUGUAGCGACUACUUCUGUAGCGCCGUACCGUCCUUCCAGCCGGGAACCCACAAGACCGUCAACCUCCCAAACGUCACUCCCGAGGGCUUCGAGCAGGUCUUAGACUUUGUGUACACGGCAAGCCUGCGUCUGUCUGCUGCAAACGUCCUGGACGUGUUGUCGGCAGCGAGCUACGUCCACAUGCACGAGGUGGUUCGGAUCUGCACGGAUUUCAUCAAGACGCGGUUUGAGAUGAAGCCCAAGGAAUCAUCGCAGGACUCGGGCGAGGCUUCCUCUAGAACAGUUAACAGUAACAUUCCGUUAGAGUCUAUAGUUAAUGCGCUAUCAUCAACAGCUGGUACAGCUGGAAGCAGAACAACACCUGCUUGUGCCUCCAGCACAUCUAACAGUGAGAACAGACCCUUAGUCCAUAGCAGCCCUCAUUCCAUAGUCAACACCAGCCCUCAGAGUAGCACUCCUACUGUAGAACAUACGCCAAGUCAUCCGACAACAGCUUUGAACAGGGGCACUCCGUCAGAGAGAGGUAACCCAGAAUUUGUUCAAGACCGUCAGGAGAGUCCCAGCACCUCGCAGGCAACCCACUUCCAGGUGAAGAUUGAGCCUCCCGACACAUAUGAAGGACUGUCUGCAUCUUUCGUACAGCAGACAACAAACAGUCAGCCACACAGUAGCCAACAGACUAGCCCUGACUUGAGCUCUAGUGUUGAGAGUACCUCGGCAAUGGUUGGUGCGAGUAGGUUGGGGAUGGCCGUGCCUGCCAUGGAGACUGGUCCCGUGGGAGACCUGGCUGCGGUCAGUUCCAUCGUCCACAACGUCUUCGCUUCCCAGGGCACGCCCAACCGCCUGAUUCUCGGCGGCGGUAUGGAAAUGGACACUACUUCCACGCUUCGAGCAGAAGAGACAACGCACAUGGGGAGCACAGAGAGACCCUCACCAAGCAGCCGCUGUAAUGACGUUGGGGGCAGCAACGACCCGGAAUCGGACGCGGUGAUGACAUGGAAAGUUGUGAACCCAGAGAACCCCAUGCACAUGUGGUACGAGUGCGGGAUCUGUCGCAAGCCGUUCCGAGACUUGGAGAGGCUUCACAAGCACGAGAAGCUCCACGCUCCCGGGGGGCCCAAGAACCACCAGCGGCCCUACAAGUGCCCCAUGUGCCACGCCUUCUUCACUACCAGGUCCACCCUGGAGACACACUGGAGGAGGCACAGUGGGGAGAGACCAUUCAAGUGCAAGACGUGCAGUGCGAGCUUCACCCAGCGGUCCAACCUGAAGCGCCACAUCCGCGUACACACGGGAGAGAAGCCGUAUCAGUGCCAGGUGUGCGGAGUACGCUUCACCCAGAGUAACAGUCUGAAGGCGCACUACGGCUUCAAACACUUCCAGGAUGGUCCCGGGGUGGACGAGAGCCAGCUCACGCUCCCUUCCCCAGACCCAGGGGCAACGUAGAUGUUAUGUUACGUUUGGUAGCUGAAAACCUCAUAUUUCAAACAGUGUUGUUCCCAGCCAUAGAUGUAUUUCUUCCCUCACUGGCUCUUCUGUUGGAGCCUACACUCAAGUUCAGGCAAAAUUAGACCUGAGGUCAAUCUUUUCCCAAGGACAUUAUAUAUAAUGUAUUUGUAAUCAUAUAUUAGAUAGUACAUGUCUUCUUGUAAAGUGUAAAUCAGGACUCAAAAAAAAUUAGUAUCUACGAGAUUCUACCAUAGCUACAUGUACAUUUGUGUAGGCUGCUGGAAAAAUAGUACAGGUUGCCCAAAUAGACAGAUGAUAUGCCAAAGGUGUCAGCCAGCCUUGAAGUACAAUUCAGGUUGCAUACUGUACUCCAGCUAACCCCUCUGACAUGCUAUCUGUCUAUUUGGCCAAUUUCUACUAUUUUGCCAGCAGCCUAUAGUCCUGGUAGAAACUACUAAAAUUUCACAUCUUUUAUCUUCUUGUCAGUGUAUUGUUGAAAUGUUCAACUUUCAAGUUAUCUUAAGUAUUACAUUGUAGCACUGAAAUAUUGCAUAGCCAGUACACUUUGUUUAGUUGUAGCCAUUGACAAAGGAUACACUGUCAGAAAAAAUUGGUUGUAUGUAUACGUAUGUAUUCGUCAAGAAAUUAGACAUUGUAGCAUUGAAAUAUUGCUAUAGCCAGUACACUUUAUUCAAUUGUAGCCAUUACGAAAUAUACAGGCAAAAUUAGUUAUACACAUUAUUCAUCAAGAAACUUAACAGUAGUGAUUCUGGUUUAUUAGCUGGAUAAUCAUACACAGUCUCUUGAUAUCACAAAAAUGUAUCAUUGUGCAAUGCAUUGUCCAAUUUGAGUAUUUUAGCAAUAAUUUUCAAUAAUUGUCAGGGUACAACAAAUCUUAUUUGCAAAAACAUGACAGUAUUAUUAUGUGCAUGUAAUGGUAAGUGUUCAGCCAGUACUUGUUAGCAUACAAGAUUAAAUAUACCUCAUU